UUACCCACAAAAGGGUUUUUUCUUUUCUUCAUCAAAUUCUUCACACAAAAGUUUCAAUCUUUUUAUUUGUUUUCUUUCAUUUCAUAUAAUAUAAAAAGCAUAAAACUUUGAUUGUGGCAUUAAUGGCUGAGUUCAAGAGUAAGUUAAACAAAGGUCACGCCUUUACAAGCAAAUGUGCUUCCUUGGUGAAGGAGCAACGAGCUCGUCUCUACAUUCUCCGUCGUUGUGCUACCAUGCUUUGUUGCUGGUACAUCCAAGGCGAUGAGUAAAGAGAUGACUCUUCCUUAAUUACAUAUAACAUCCGAAACGCUAUAUAUAUACACAUAUAUCUAUAUAUUAAUAUAUAUAUCACCCUGUCCCUAAUAUCUAGUUCUUGAAGCUCCAUGGACAUUGAAGCUCUCCUUUGGCUGUUUGGCAAAAUCCUUUCACAAGAAACUUGAUUCUCUCUUCUGAUAUAUGCUGGUGCAACAAAACCCUUUUACAAGCCUGUCGUUUUUUAACCUAAAGGAUCAAUCUUUUAGGUUUUUUUUGGUUUGCUUUGUAUCAGACAAGACAGAAAGAGAGCAAGAAAUUUAUCCGCUAAUCAAGCCAGAGUUUUUACUGUGUCUGAGACAGAGACACUGGAGAUGCUAGUUCCUUAAUUAAGAAAUGGAAGAUCUUUGAAGGGUUUUGAUUGGUUUC